AUGGCCGAGACCAGCGAUGCUGGUCAUGGUUUACCACAAAAAAGACCGGUUGAAAAUCAGGCCAACGAGAGUGCUGGUGCGCAAUCCUUUGCUCCAGAUAGACCGUAUGAACCAGUAAUGUCUGCCUCCCCCCUUCAACCCGGAGGCAGUGGGUUUACCGGCAGAUUUUUCAGGCGUCGGGGAAAGGGACAGACUUAUGAUGCGACCAACCAAGCAGACGUGGAGCAGCAGAGAAAUCCAAGUGUCGUUUUAAUGAGGCGCACGUCCAUCGCGCAUCAUAUUCCUCGGAAUAUCGAGUUUCUAGAUAAAAAAGAGAAGUGUGAUCAAAGGGCAGGCGUAUCAGAUGGCUCCGGAAAGUUGGGCACCUUUUCAGGUGUUUUUGUUCCCACCACGUUAAAUGUGUUGAGUAUACUUAUGUUUCUUCGUUUUGGGUUUAUCCUGGGCCAAGCCGGAGUUUUGGGAAUUCUUGGAAUGCUUGCGGCAUCAUAUCUCAUAAAUCUCUUGACGACAAUGUCUAUUUCAGCUAUCGCAACGAAUGGGACCGUCCGCGGAGGUGGCGCGUACUACCUCAUAUCUAGGUCCCUCGGGCCUGAAUUUGGUGGUUCUAUAGGAAUCGUAUUUUAUAUAGGAUUCGUCCUCAAUACCGGAAUGAACGCUGUCGGUUUGAUCAACUGCCUUGUCCAAAGCUUUGGCUCUGUAUCCGGGAAAAUGUCCCAAUUCUUGCUGGAAGGGUUUUGGUGGACAUAUCUUUGGGCAACCAUCGUGCUCGUCUUGUGUACCGGAAUAUGCUUGGCUGGAAGUUCUAUAUUCGCCCGUGCAAGCAAUGGACUUCUUGUUAUCUUAUUGGUGGCUACCUUCAGCAUUCCGAUCUCUUCCCUUGCUAUGGAGCCGUUCAAAGAUAAAGUAUUGGGAAUUGAAUUCACUGGGUUCAAUUCAAAGACAUUCGUUGACAACCUUUUGCCGAAGCUCACGAAGGGUGCUGCUGGGAGUCAAAUGGAAGCUCAAGAGACGUUUCAAGAUUUAUUUGGAAUAUUAUUUCCUGCUACCGGGGGCAUAUUUGCCGGCGCGAGCAUGUCCGGCGAUUUAAAGCAUCCCAGCAAAGCCAUACCAAAAGGGACCUUGUGUGGGCUGGGUGUGACGCUCUUCACAUACACUGUUGUGAUUUUAGCCAUGGCAUCCAGUAUUACACGUCAAUCCCUAUAUAACGAUGUGAACAUCAUCCAAGAUACUAAUUUGUCGGGUAUCCUCAUCCUUCUCGGGGAAUUUGCAACAUCCUUUUUUUCAUCCUUAAUGGGCGUCAUUGGCUCCGCAAAAUUGCUUCAGGCCAUUGCUCGAGAUACCCUCAUCCCGGGAUUGUCCAUUUUCGGCCAAGGCACAGCAAAACAUGAUGAGCCUACUAAUGCUAUUCUUUUCACCUUCGUCGUCGCGCAGAUUACGAUGCUAUUUGAUAUCAACCAAAUUGCAUCAUUCAUCACGAUGACCUAUCUCAUGACAUUUUUGGUGACAAACUUAGCCUGUUUCUUGCUCAAAAUCGGGUCUGCUCCCAACUUUCGUCCAUCUUUCCAUUAUUUUAACCAGUGGACGGCCUUACUUGGAACCGUCAUCAGUGGUGUCAUCAUGUUUUUCGUCGAUGGGGUCUACGCGUCUGGCUGCGUGUGUAUAUUGGUGUUACUAUUUCUCCUUAUCCAUUAUACAACGCCACCCAAGUCGUGGGGCGACGUAAGUCAGAGUCUGAUCUAUCACCAAGUUCGCAAAUACCUUCUUCGCCUCCGACCAGAACACGUUAAGUUUUGGCGUCCGCAAAUUCUGCUUUUUGUGAACGAUUUCAACUCACAAUAUAAAAUGAUUCAUUUCUGCAAUUCGUUGAAGAAAGGUGGACUGUUCGUCCUCGGGCAUGUUAUCGUCGCGGACGACUUUGCCAGCGCGGUCCCUGACGCACGGCGGGAACAAACCUCGUGGACGAAAUUUAUCGAAUACUCCAGAGUGAAGGCGUUUAUUAACAUAUCUGUUGCUCCUACUUCGGAAUGGGGUGUCAGGAACAUCGUACUCAACUCCGGACUAGGAGGCAUGAGGCCGAAUAUCGUCGUAGUUGAUCAAUUUCGCAAGAAUCAGUUGGUUGCGGAUAUACCGUUCACAUCCCGGUUGAGAUGCAACUCCGUUUUAAAAGCCAAGCAUCCUCAAAACAACAAUGGAAUUUCGAAUACUCAUAAUAUAGGGGCUGAGCUUUGCAGAAAUGACCCUAAAAUGAGCGUUCAAAGUUAUCUUACUAUAUUGGACGAUCUACUGUUCAAAUUGCGAAUAAAUGUAGCCGUGGCUAAGGGGUUUGAAGAACUAGAGCUUCCAGCUUCAAAUCGCGGUAAUACAAAGAAAUAUAUCGACUUGUGGCCUAUCCAAAUGUCCGCGGAAAUAGCAGCCGACGGUACAAGCAAGCAAAAUCUUCUAACCACGAACUUUGAUACAUAUACCCUGAUUUUGCAGCUGGGGUGCAUUUUGAAUACGGUGCCAUCAUGGAAGAAGUCAUAUGUCCUUCGAGUGGCAGUUUUUGUGGAAUAUGAAAGUGAUGUUGAAGAAGAACGAAGAAGAGUGACAACAUUGCUUGAAAAGCUCCGAAUCGAAGCAGAGGUUCUUGUCUUCUGGCUUGCUAGCGGCGAUCUGAAGUCUUACCAGAUAAUUGUUAACGGUGAGGAGUCAGGAAUCGACCAGAAGACCAUCGAAGCUGUGGACUUGGCAUUAAAAGGCGAAGGUUGGUGGCAGGACGUUCGUCGAUAUCGCUCAGGGUUCAACAGUCCACGGAAAGGAAGCAAAACCAAGUUCAACACGUCGCCAACCUCACCACCCUCUUCAUUUCAGCACGGACGUCAGAGAAGUAGCGCCUCGCGAUUUGACGGGCUGCGGAAACUUCUUGAAAAUUCUAAGAGGAAAGCAUCUCUUGGUAGUUUCAGGUCGAUGGGAUUCGGACUUGGUAUGCAAACGCAGCAUUUGUUAGAUUCAAUGGUCUAUCAUUCAGAUGACAGCUUGGAGUUAUCCAGUGAUGAUAGCGAUAUCGAUCCGUAUUGUAGCGAGAGUGAUGGAGAAGCGGGAUCUAGGACAUCACGGCCUUCCCGGGCACACCUGGAAGGAACGGGAAGGAUAUCUAAGAGGAAACAUGCCUUAGCCCGAGCCAGCACGGAAGAGGCUAUUACAACAGAUGACUCCGACUCCUCCAAUGCCGCAACAAGUCCCCCAUCCCAUCGACAUGGACUUGUCAUCACCACAACAGGCACCGGCAGUCCACAAAAUACAUCUCCCCCAGGAAACCGCCCUGCCAUCCCCAGAACAGCCUCAAGCAAGAAAUUCUCGUCAGCUCCAAUCCCCACCACCCGCGUCGCCGAUAAAGAGGACACAGGCCCCUCAAUAAUGUUCGCCACCACUCCUCCUGGCCGCUCCCCAACCGGUCUAUCACUAGUAGCACCACGUGAAUCGAUAUACGCAAGACAACAAAACCAGCAACAACAACAGCAACAACAACCACCGCUACCCAAGGUGGCCAGUUCACCCGUUUCCGACUCGACUGGUUCCGUGCCAACUAGCGACAACCCAUCGCAAACGGCCAUUCCGCUCUCAUUUAACGAUCUACCCUGCCGCGCGCAGCAUCUGAUACUGAACGAGUUGAUCAAGCGUCAUAGUAAGAAGACGGCGGUUACGUUUACGACGUUGCCGUCGCCGAUAGAGGGGACGUGGCGCGAUGCAGAUGCCAGUGAGUCAUACGUGAGCAAUCUGGAGCUCAUGUGUGAUGGGCUUCCGCCUUGUUUGUUGGUUCAUAGCAAUAGUAUGACGGUGACGAUGAACCUAUGA